AUGUCGAAAUUUGAAGAUAAUCCCUUUAGUGAUCCAACCAUAGACAAUCCUUUUGCUGAUCCAUCCGUUCAGCAAGUAGCUAGAAGCACUACAAAUGCAACCCGUGGAUUGGAUGACUAUAACCCAUUUGAAGCACAGCAAAAUGCAAAUCAAGCUACGGGACAACAGCAGCCUUCACAGCCGGCAAUCAUGCAGGCAGUAUCUCCACCAAUUGGUGGAGGAUACACAAGGCCUGCACAACCACAGGCAUCACAGGCUCCACCACCCAAUUUCACAACUGCCGACUUUCAAAAGCGGCAAGAGGAACUAGAACGUAAGGCUGAAGAGUUGGCACGACGCGAGGCUGAACUCCGAGCAGGCUCAGCAGGUCGUAGGAACAAUUGGCCACCGUUGCCUGCCUUCUGUCCAGUUCAACCGUGCUUCUAUCAGGAUAUAAACGUGGACAUUCCGCUAGAGUUCCAAAGAAUCGUGCGUCACUUAUAUCAUUUGUGGAUGUUUCACUCCCUGGUGUUGGCAUUGAACAUAAUCGGUGCGAUGUCGCUAAUGUUCGCCGGCGAGGGUUUCACGAUAUUCGGCCUGUCGAUACUUUACUUCUUGCUACUGACACCGUUCAGCUUUAUAUGUUGGUACCGACCAAUAUACAAGGCGUUCAGGAGUGAUUCCUCUUUCAACUUUAUGGUCUUCUUCUUCAUUUUCCUGUUCCAAAUCAUCAUCACAACGGUGCAAUCGAUUGGAUUCAGUGGAGGAGGUUCUUGUGGCCUGAUCACCAGUAUCUCAGCAUUUAAACUAAACGUCGGCGUUGGAAUCAUCACUCUCCUGGUGACUAUCGGAUUUAUCACUUCAGUGGUAGCAGAUGUCAUGUUAAUGGCAAAGGUGCAUCGCAUCUACAGAUCGACCGGGGCGUCUCUAGCGAAAGCGCAGGCUGAGUUCACGACGGAGAUUCUUCGCAACCAGCACGUUCAGACGGCCGCUUCCAACGCAGCCGCAGCUGCGGUUAACGCUCAGAUCGCGAACGCCAACCGAUAUUAA